AUGCCGUCUGCGCUGGAGAACUUCGUGCAGGAACUGCGGCGGGUGGGGCCAGAUGAAGCGGACCCUCUAUUUCCCAUGUACACGGCGCUUUGGAUGAGAUUCGGACCCUUCUGCGAAGUGCCUUUGUCGAGCUUCAUGUCCAUGACCUGCAUCGAGCCCCAUGAGACGUUAUUGGCCGAGGGGAUCCUGGUGACGUUUGAGCCCGAGAUGGGACGCGCCAUUUUCGUGUCGCACCAGUGGCUGGGACAAGACCAUCCCGAUCCUGAGUUCAAGCAGACGAGGGUUCUCCAGGAAGCGCUGCAGAAUCUGGUCACAGGUGUAAGCAGCGUCUCCAUCGACGUCACCACUGAAGUGCUCUUCGGACAUCCCCAUGGCUACUCAAACGCCGACAUCAUCGAGAAGCCGCUCUUCCUUUGGUACGAUUUCUUCUCCUGCCCCCAGCACGGUGCGACACCGGACCUCUCCCGAACUCCAGCAGGUCUCCAGCUGGCCAUCGACAGCAUCCCAAUGUACGUGCAGCGCUGCGAGCUCUUCGUCAUCCUGUCACCCUCGGUCAGGGCGGGCGAGGAGGAUCGGAUCUUGAACUACAAGAGCUGGCGGCAAAGGGCAUGGUGCCGCACGGAGAGUCUUGCCCGUGAAUUGUGCCCGGCACACGACAACCUCAUGAUCCGGGUGGAGAGCUCCAGGCACGUUGCGCUGGUGACCACGUUGGAGAAGAACUCACCCGGCGGGGGGGUUUUCAGCUUCGAGAGCGACCGUGAGAAGGUUGCCGGAAUUGUUCGAGAACUGGUGAAGCAGAAGUUGCUAUACUGUCUAAGGAAAGGCGACUUGGUCAGCUACCGUUUCCUUCUGAACGAGCAAUUCCGGAUCUUCCGCAAUCUUCCCAUUCAGGUCUUCGAUGGUUUCCUGAUCGGAUGUGAUGAGUUUGAUGCAUCACAUCCAUCACUGCUCAAAGCAGAGGUCUCCAAGGAACCGAAGCUCGCCAGCUUCCUGUACCAGAUGGGCUUCAGCCAUAUAGCUGAGCGUGACGUGGGGGGCUUCUCGCCCAUAUGCUACGCGGCCGUGCGCGGGGAUCCGCUGCUCCUGGAGUCUCUAUUGAGACAUCGAGCAGACCCGAACGACAGGGUCUGCAAGACAUGCCCGAAGUUGGGCAUCAGCCGGAACACCUCCCUGUUGGCAGUCUGUGCAUUCAACGGUCACAACGAGUGCCUGAGAGUUCUGAUCGCACGGCGGGCCGGUGUCGAUGCCAAGGAUGCGAUCAAGUCACGCCCCCUGCACGCAGCCUGUGGAGCCAACAACGCAGAAGCUGUGCGGAUGCUGUGCGCCGAGGGCGCAGAUCUAAGUUUGAAAACUGCGAGAUCCUGUCUGAGCCUCACACCAUUUGCCACUGCCUGUACGAUGGGGUGCGUGCAGAGCAUGAAGGUCCUGCUGGAGGCGCCGCAGCCCUUGAAUCUGAUGCUGUACCUCAUGAUGGCUACGCAGAAUGCCAGCGUGGAGUCCGCGGCCACAUUGCUGCAGGCCCGGGCCGACAUCAACGAGCGCUUUUGUCCGAAGGCUCGCUCGACCUUGUGGAUGGUGAAUGCGGCGAUGCGGCUGAAGCACCGUUGGCGGCCAACAACCUUCACAUGGAUAUCCGUGAACAGCUGGGGUGCUACGCCCCUGAUGGUCAGCAUCGUGGCCGGGCUCUUCGAUGUUGCAGCUUUCCUGAUUGUGGCCAGGGCGGACCUCGAGAUCCGGAACACCCGAAAUAAGACGGCGCUGACCUUGGCCGAAGAGAUGCAGGUGCCGGACUUCCUUCGCAUGGCCUUGUCAGGUGCCGGCCGAACUGCCGAUCUGGCGCAUGAAAUUUCGGGUGGGCCCGUCACAGGAAGCGCCACCCUCAACAUGCUACCGUUUGGGUCCCUGGUGACGCUUGAGCUGUGA